GUACAAGGUUCUCGAAAAAUCCCUGUUCCAAUAACCAAACUUUCUGAAAGAGUGAAGAGAGAUCAUAGUGAGUGGGAGUAAUCGUAGUGAGUGGGAGUAACAUAUGUAAGAGAGGGAGAGAGGGAUAAGAGUGAGAGAUAGAGUGAGAUACCGAGAUUUGAGGGGAGAUUCAAGACUAAUUUUAUAGCUUAUACAGUAUCUCUUGCUGAAUAAUAAUUCCUUUAAGCCUUCCAAUUCCGAACAUUAACUCCUGAUGGAUUACUUUUAUAUCAUGGAAUGGCACAAUGCAGGAAUUUUACAAUAUGUGAUUAUUUGGCUUUUGAAUUAAUAGAUGGGCACUUAUUUGCCUCUGCUAAAUCAUUGCAUGAUGGUUUAUGGCAUAGCGUUGUUAUGGAAAGAGGUGGACGUAAAGGUUUCAUCUCAGUUGAUUCACUCAGAACUGAAUUUUCCUGCCCGGGCAUUUCAGCAAAUUUAGAUAUCGGUUAA